AUGUCUGGUGCCCCGUCGCUUCAUAAUGUAGAAUUAUGGUCUUUGAACAUCAAACCUGAAAAUCUAUGUUACUUUUGGUUGGAUGCAAACUCUAUUGAUUACGAAAAGUGUAAAGAACGAUUUUGCUAUGAACGGAAUGUUUCUCAACAGCAAUGGAUGUUUUCUGAGAAAUGCGAAGAAUUUCAAAACUUUCUUAUGCAGACAGCGUUAAGAAAAGAUGUCAUUCUGAUCUCAUCUGGACGUCUCUAUGAAGGAAUGAUUCGUUUAGGUUAUGAUCUUUCACAACUCCGUUGGAUAUUUCUGUACUGUGGUAAGAAAGAAAAGUAUGAAUCAUUGAGAAUUUCUCACCGAAAGAUUCGCGGUGUCUUCGAUGAUCCAAUCAAAUUGUAUGAUACUUUACUCGAAUAUUUUGAUGAUGACACGCGAUUAACAGAAGAGCAGCAUGUUUUGAUUACCGACUUGACUGUAUUACAAAAAAUGCACAGAUAUAGAAUACAUUGCCUUUUCCAUGACAAAAUCAAAACUUUCUAUCAACCAGAAAAUAUUUGGAGUCCUUGGCGAACGAAAGAUUGGACACUUAAAUUACCGACUAAAGGACAAGGAACAUUUGUAAUCCAGCAACUUUACCCAAUUCCAUUUCGUUUAAUAAUUUCCAAUAUGAAUGAUCUCAACAAUAUUCAUCCAAGUACUCGCGCUGUAAUAAUGGCGGUCGAUACCGAUCAAGUACGGCUUAGUACGAUCUAUCCACAAGAUACACAACCUGCAACUGAUCUUUGCUAUACUAAGGAGCGUGACGCAACUCUUCAAAAAUAUGAUGGUGAUUGGCACAGCUACUGGCUUACUUUCUCUAGUGCGUAUCGAAUUAUUCAAUAUGGUCGAGGUGAGGUACAACCAAAAUUCAGUACAAUGAAACAGGAACUAGAUGAACACGAAAAAGUUGUCUUAGAAGAAGCAGAAUAUGUACACUUCAAUAUCAAAUAUAAAAUGAAUGUUUGGACAGAAGGGGCAUUUGAUGAUAUUAUGAGAAUAAUCGUAGGUGAAGAACCAAUUCUAUUUGAUCCACCUCUUCUAAUUACUGCACAAGACAAUUUUUCUCCUACAUAUCCUGCUUCAAACGAUGGAUUCUACAUUAAUCUUUCAAAGGAUCCAUGCUUACACUUAUAUAAUCUAAUAAUCAAAUUGAACUUUGAUGUGAAUCAAUGUACUGGUUUGACAAAGAUCAUAGAACAAAGUUUACGCAACGAAGACGGCUGGUGUUUUCGAAAACUAAAAGAAAAACAUGGUAAAGCACCCGGAUGUUCAUUGAGAAAAAUUGCAUUACGAGUUAAUGCAAAUGAAGCGCAAGAUCUCGAGUCAAAAUACUCAUCUGUUAUUGAAAUAUGGCCAACUGGUCAUUUGAGUCCUAUUCGUCAUUACCAUGGGGUUUAUGCAAUGAUUCGCAUACUUCAUGGUAAACUUUUAUUAAAGUUCUUUCCAGAAAAAACCGCCACUACUGAUUCAGACACGUCUUUAUAUCAAUUAUUUGAACCUGAUCAGAUAACUUGGAUCCUACCGGAUCUGAAUCAGACUCAUCAAAUGAUAAAUUCAAAUUCAUGCGGGACAUGCUGCAUCAUCGCAUACACUUACCAUCACACAUCAACAACUCCAGCAUCAAAUAAUCAAUCAAAUACGAUCGAUAGUAGCAUGUCUCUUAAUGAUGCUUGUGAUAUUGUUUUGUCUGACUUUAUAAGAACUAUGGAAAACGAAAAGAUGAUGUGA